AUGUCGCAAGCCGUGCUGGUGCAAGAGCUCAAAGACUGGGAGUUCAAGCAGACCGACUUGGACAAUUGGAUGCCAGUCAAGUCUGUUCCUACCAAUGUACACCAUGAUCUGAUUGCGAAUGAUGUUAUCCCAGACCCUUUCCUAGGUUUCAACGAGCUCAAAUGUGAAUGGGUGGCCGACAAAAGCUGGACCUACAGAACAAAGCUUCCGGAUAUUGGACCUACCAGAGAAGGCCAAGUUCACGAACUUGUUUUCGAUGGCCUCGACACGUUCGCCACGGUUAAGGUCAAUGGAAGUGUUGUUCUCGAAAGCGACAACAUGUUCAUUCCGCAUAGGAUAGACGUCACAAAGAAGCUCGAGGGCGGUAGUGCUAAUGUUUUGGAAAUUGACUUCCGCUCGGCACUUUAUGAGGGCCGGAAGAUCAAGGACGCUCAUCCCGAACACAAAUGGGUCGGUUUUAAUGCAGAUAUGGCCAGGCUCGCUACAAGGAAAGCUCAAUAUCAUUGGGGCUGGGACUGGGGUCCCGUGCUGAUGACUUGCGGUCCAUGGCGAGCAGUUCGUCUAGAGACUUCAUAUGCUCGCAUCUCGGAUAUGCGAGUAGACUACGAUCUCAAUGAAUCCCUGGACGACGUUGUUGUACGAGUCGCGGUCUCUACAGAGCGUUCCUCCGAAACCGAUGUCAAGAUUGCCAUCCGUUCGCACAAAGAUCUGAUAUUUGAAAAGACGGUUACGGUUGACAGCAAGGGUUUCGCCAAAGCAGACUUCCAUAUCUCUCAGCCAAAACUGUGGUAUCCGCAUGGUUACGGCGAACAAUCACUGUACACCUGUGAGGCUGUUUUGGUCUUGAAUGGACAUGACGUGCAGUCUUGUAGCAGAAGGAUUGGCUUCCGUCGUGGUGAACUGGUACAGGAGCCAAGUGAGAUUGGCAAAACGUUCUUCUUCAGGAUAAACGGAAUCGAUGUGUUCUGUGGUGGCUCUUGCUGGAUUCCUGCCGACAGCUUCACGCCCCGCAUCACGAAAGAACGGUACCAGUCAUGGCUGCAAACCAUGGUUGAUGGUUAUCAAGUCAUGAUCAGAAUCUGGGGUGGUGGUAUCUGGGAAGAGGAUAUCUUCUAUGAUACCUGCGAUGAACUCGGCAUUCUCGUAUGGCAAGACUUCAUGUUUGGCUGCGGAAAUUAUCCUGCUGCGAUCAAGGAGUUCAGAGACUCAGUCGAAGCCGAAUGUGUUGCGCAGGUGAAGCGCAUCCGCCAUCAUCCAUCGAUUAUAAUUUAUGCUGGCAACAACGAAGAUUACCAGGUACAAGAACAGUGUGGCCUUACAUACGACUACUCCGACAAAAAUCCCGAAAACUGGCUGAAGACCGACUUUCCUGCAAGAUACAUCUACGAGAAGAUGCUACCGGAAGUGAUUGCCUCGCACUCGCCUCAUGUGCCUUAUCAUCCGGGGUCACCGUGGGGUGACGGCCUGAUAUCUUCUGACCAGACCGUUGGUGACAUGCAUCAAUGGAAUGUAUGGCACGGUACACAAGAAAAGUACCAGAUCUUUGAUACCCUUGGCGGCCGCUUCAACAGCGAAUUUGGUAUGGAAGCCUUCCCUCAUAUCGACACCAUCAAAUACUACGUCACCAACCCGACCGAGCUCUAUCCACAAUCGCACAUGAUCGACUUCCACAACAAAGCAGAUGGGCACGAAAGAAGGAUCGCAACAUACUUGAUUGAAAAUUUCAGGACGACGGACCCCAGUCUUGAAGCAUAUAUACAUCUUACGCAACUCAGCCAGUCAGACGCACUGAUGUAUGGCUACCGUGGCUGGCGACGGCAAUGGGGCCAGAAGCGGCAUUGCGGCGGUGCGCUGGUGUGGCAACUUAACGAUUGUUGGCCUGUCACAUCAUGGGCUAUUAUUGACUACUUCCAACGUAAGAAACCUGCUUAUUAUGCUAUGCGAAGAGUGUUGGCUCCAAUCGCCAUUGCGGUCAAGCGCGCGCACCACGACUGGAGCGUCGUCCAUGCCCGGCCUGCAAAGACAAGUACUUACGAAUGUUGGGUAUCGAGCAAUAGCACUAAAGAUGUGACGGCGAGCAAAGUCGAGCUCAAGUUCAUCUCUAUCGCUACGGGCAAAGAGAUCAAGCAAGCCAUGACCAGGGAGAGCAUAAAGAUCACAGCCAACGGCACGACGAACAUAUUCGAAGGUGUAAUCGACAACGAGAAAGAAGAACCACAUGUCCUUGCAGCACGCAUCUGGGUAGAUCGCGACGGUGGGGUUGUAUCGCGAGACGUUGACUGGCCUCAACCACUAAAGUACUUGAACAUGGAGAAAAGAGGCGUCAAGGUGAGCUUCAAUGAUGGCAAGAUUACAGUGACAUCAAACAAGCCGACAAAGGGGUUGGUCUUCGAGGAACGGGAAGGCGUUCUUGUGAAUGACAGUGCUGUGGACAUCGUACCUGGAGAUGAGCAGGUCAUAACGGUCAGAGGGUUGAAAUCUGGUGAUGCGCCUCUCAAAUGGCGAUACUACGGACAGUAA